GUUGAUGUUGUUGUAUGAUUGUUGUAUUAUUCUCUAUCUCGACUAAGGCAUCUCAGAUUCAGAUCCUCAGAUCCCCCCCGCCAUCCGCCAUCCGCCAUCCGCCAUCCGUCAUCCCUAACCGUCAUCCUAUUGCCUCCGUCAUCCACUCCCAGCCGUGUCUCUGUCCAGCUGGGCCAGGAGGUUGCAGUGGUUGCAGCAUCUCUCUUUCUCUCUCUCUCGUCUCUCGUUCGAGGGCCAGUACAAAGGCCAGUACCGAGUAGUAUAGUAUCAUCGUACCUAGUCGACCAGUCUGCUGCGCGAAUCCAGGGCCGGUCGGGUGGUGGGGAUGGGCGAGGGUUUUAAUGCUACAAGUUUACAACUAAUGACUGCAUCCCCCAAUGCCCAGCGCCCAAUGCCCAGUACCCGAUCCCCCAAGAAUAGCCCCAAUCCUCCUUGUUAUCCAGAGAGAUCAGAGUCCAGCUCAGCUACCGUCUUCCCGUGCCUCGCCCUGUCUUUCUUGUCUUUGCCUAUGAGAUCGUAGAGAAGUUGUAGAAUUGGAGAACUGUAGAAUCCAUCCGUGUCGCCACGAAACCCUACCGAGGGCAG